UUUGAGGACACACCCCCCCUGAAAUGAAGGUUAGUAUGCCACUAAAAUAUUAGGGGGUCCCUCAUGAAAAUAAAGGGGUAUACCACAGUAUACCACAGUAUAUCCUGAUUCUUGUCUAAUUGUCGAUUUGGUAGUGAGCUUAUUCCCCAGUUGGGCUGGAUAAUGGUUGACAUAAUGACUGUACCGGGCCAUUUAUUCAGUCAAUCAACCAAUUUCUGACCGAGUACGGGGGAGCUCUAUCCUCAACAUCCAGAUCAGGACAUGCGAUGGCCGAAUGGAUAUGUCUACUACCGCCAAGCGGGAUGGCAGCCAAAGCUGCGGAACCCCAGGAUAGCCAACUCCCGGCUGCAUUUGACUAUUCACUUGUGGAAGCGAUGUGGAUGCCGGAGGGAACUCCACGGAGCGAGCUCGUGAUGGCAAUGCGGGCAAGGGCCGUUUGCAAGUCCUGGUUCAUGGCAAUAAUACACAACCACGCGAGGUCAAAUUCCUUAAGCGUACAGGGAGUUCGAAAUUUAAAUAUUGAGGAUUGCCCCAGUUCCCCACGGCUUUGCUAUUUCUGAUAUUCUGUCAAGCCACCCAGUUCCAUUGUCUCGUCAGCGUUGGUAUCAAAAAUGCGGUCACUUCGUCCCUUCGCGGCCCUGACACUGGCCCUAGCCUUGACUGCUGUUGCCAUUCCUUACAACACCUUCGAUGGCUCCCCCGCUUGCAAUGAUGUCGUCGCAGUUCACAAUCCCACCUGCGUCGACGAAAUUCAACAACAUGUACGGGAUGCUAUCAAAGCCGGACGAAAGGUCCGUGCUUCAGGUAAAGGACAUAUGUGGUAUGAUACUAUGUGCUCUGAUGACCCGGACACCGAAAUUAUCCGCACGGAGAAUGUCAACAAAAUCUACGACUUUGACUUGGAGGCUGGCACCGUCAUCAUAGAGGCCGGCGUGACCUUUGUCCAACUUGCAGAGUACCUUCAUGGAAGAGGCGCAUCGCCGGGAUACACUCUUGUCAACUGGAAUAUCACUCUGACCGGCUGCGUCGCGAUGGGUGCCCACCGUUCCUCUCUUAAGGAGGACUCCAUGGUGGCUGCUGGUGUACUGUCUUUGGACAUAAUCGACGGAAACGGCGAGUUGCGACAUAUCGAGCGCGACGAAAACGACGAUACCUGGCUGGCAGCAUCUACUUCUCUGGGAGUGUUAGGCGUCAUCGUCAGAAUGAAGUUCAAGAUUUACCCGGAUUUCAAAGUAUACGCUGAUCAGAAGACCUUGGAUGAAGCUGAAGUUUUGAAUGGAGACAUUUAUGGCAUGAUAAGCCCCUAUCCAACAGCGAAUUUCUGGUGGUGGCCAUACAAAAGGAAAUUCCACUGGCGAUACUACGAUGUGGUGCCAACAGAAACCAGCCCACAGGAAGGUUUCCAGAACACUUUCUCUGUCACAAAAUUCGAAGCAGAUGCAGUUAGAGACCUGUGGGAGAACGGGAGGGUGCUACCCCUAUCCAACAAGAUCGCCGAGGAAAUUCUUUUCGGCAUCUGGUCCAAACCCAACUUCCGCGAAAAGACUACCAACAAAGACAUCACGAAGUGGCCCGUCUACGGCUGGAACUACGACGUCUUGAUCGGUGGACUGUACCCGGAUCAGAAGCCAGCAUGGGAAUAUGGCCUUCGCGGACAUAUCCUCGAACUCGCGUUCCCUAUGACAUAUGCCAACGCCAUGCUCAGGCGCGUUCGCGAGCUUUUCGACGCAGAGGCGGAGGACGGCGAACCGAUGACUACCACAUACCGCAGCGGCAUCAAUAUCAAGUUCGGACGACCCUAUUUUGAUCUUCUCGGACAAGUCACGUAUAACACGAGCGAUGGUGCCGAUUGGUCCAAGGGCGCUAUCAUGUUUGAAUUCCCAAGCUACCGUCCCCAGGGUAACGGGAAGAGAUACAACGAGCCAUUUUAUGAUUACCUUGCACACGUUCUCAUUGAGGAAUUCCCCUGCCGCCCGCACUGGACCAAGAAUACAAGGGAGGUAUUCAGGAUGGCAGCGAGAAAUAUUGACCCCGACCACAUCGCGCGGUUCAAAGCCGUCAGGGAAAAAUUUGAUCCGAAGGGGAUAUUCCGCAGCGUUGUUGGAGAGUCGAUUGGUGUUUAUUAAAUAUUUCGGCAUGUACAUAAACUGAUUUUUUUCUAUGUUCAUUUCGUGGCGAACACUUCUUCUAUUUCUUUUUAUACAGGAUGGCCCUCGACAAUUUACUAGUGACAUCUAGUUAAUGGCAUGGCCUUCCUUAUUCGAGUCAUAUAAAUCUAAUGAGAUAAUGUAUAACUUACCAAAAUAGAAACUAAGUUGGCUUACAAGCCGAGUAGAUGUUACAGAGCACAGAUAUUGGACAUAUAUCCAACCAAGCCAAUGUGUAACAUUUACUAGGGUAGGAAACGGGCAUCCCAUUCAGGGGGGAAAGAAAGCAUAUUUCCCCAUCCUGCCCAUUCGGCGAGAGAGAUAUUCGUGCUUGCUGAUAAACCAAAUAUUACCGCACAUUGAUUGACGCAAUGAAACAAGACAGAAGAUUGAUGGAGCAAAAG